GUGAGGCGCUGCCGUGCCAGGGCGAGCUCCGGGGCUUUUUUUUCCAGCCGUAGCGAAUUCUUCUGGGGAAAAAUCCGAGCUUUCUGCCCUUGUGUACCUCCGGGGGCGGGCGGGCAUCGGCGCCGGGCUUCAGCAGCGGUGGUGCCGCCGCUGCUUCUGUGCCUGUGUACUGCUCCCGAGCGCUGUCACUGUCGUGUGUGUGGGUAUGUGUACAUGUGUACAUGUAUGUGUGCGUAUAUAGCAUAUAUAUCCGUAUAUCCAUAUGUGUGUAUGUGUGCUGUGUAUGUAUAUUUGCCCUAGUCAUAUAGUCAUAGCCAUGAUCACAGUGCCACAGUGCUGUUUUCCAGCUUGUUGAAGGAACUGUCUUAGAGUAAAUGCGUGCUGCAUAAAAGUGUAAAAACUUAUAUAAAACUUGCUUACUGUUAAAACAAAAAACAUUAUAGGGAUGAAGCUAAAAUAGGGAUGCACAGGGAAAACAACUGAAGUCAGAAGGUGCUACAGCAUGUCCUGUGUGCACGUGGAAAUGUCCACCUGAAGGUAUGUUCUACUUUAUUAAAACAGUGAUAGUUCUGAAAAGCAAAUUCUUAUAAAAAUCCCCACAGGAGGAGUUUACUCCAGGAAAUGUGUAUAGUUGAUGAAAGCUGCAGUUUCAGGAAGUUGAUUUUUUCCUCCUGAAAAGGGAAGUUACGAUGUCCGUGGUACAUCAUCUGACAGUGGGAUGGCUUGUGGAUCAUCUCUCUUUCAUCAACCAGUGUGGCUAUGAGAUCUGUGACUCCUUUGCAUGCCCUGGUGGUGUCACUCUCAAUACUUCUGUCACAUCUACUGAAGACUGUCAUGGUUCUUCUACCUUUGUUACCACCUCCUCAUCAAGCAGUGGUCCUACUCAUAGCCCUGAGGACGCCAUAGAAACAGAAGGUAAAACAGCAAAAACGAGAUACGUGUUUCGAGAGGAGUUCUUUGACAUUUCUAAGCCCCAUAUAGUUGCACCUCCUGAGCAGCAGCUAUGUCAGGGGUGCCCUGAGAUGAGCCUGACAGAAAUAAAGGUCAACAGUAACAGAGAGGAAUGCCAGGAAGGAACAAAGAGUGGUGUUGAAGAUUCUGUUGCCAGUGCUAUGAAGAAACGUAAAAGGAAAUGUUUAUUCAACCACGGUGAACUGGAUGCUUUGGAAUACCAUUCAAAGGUCAGGAAGCUGAUUUGGGAAGGCACUUUGCAUUUAGUCCAAGAAGGACUCAAAAGUGGUUUUCUUCACCAAAGGACUGCAGAACUCAGUUGCAGGAAGAAUAACGUUCCUGUUGUCUGUGGGUUGGCUGAAUUAUGUGAAAUGGCAAAGCAGUUUCCAGCUGUGAAUGAAGGUGACCAUCGGGCUGUAUAUGUGCUAGAGGAUGAAACCUCCAGUCCAGAGCAGGACCUGCUUUCAUGUGUUGCAGAAAACACCUCAAACCAUGCAAAGAUAAUUGUGUUAAUGGGGCAGAAGUACUUGGUGCCACCAAAAAGCAGCUUCCUUUUAUCUGAUAUUUCAUGUUUACAGCCCCUGCUGAACUACAAAAAAAAAUAUGAUGUAAUUGUGAUUGAUCCACCAUGGGAGAACAAGUCUGUUAAAAGGAGCAACAGGUACAGCCACUUGUCUUCAUGGCAAAUCAAGCAGAUUCCUGUACCAACACUAGCUGCUCCAAAUUGUCUUGUAGUCACAUGGGUGACUAAUAGACAGAAGCACUUACAUUUUGUUAAGGAUGAACUCUAUCCUCACUGGUCAGUGAAGACACUUGCUGAGUGGCACUGGGUAAAAAUUACUAGGGCUGGAGAAUUUGUAUUGCCUUUGGAUUCUUUGCACAAAAAGCCCUAUGAAGUUCUUGUACUGGGGAGAGUUCAAGGAGAUGUAAAGGAAGCCUUAAGGACAUCUGAAGGUGUACUUCCAAUUCCAGAACAUAAGUUAAUUGUCAGCACACCCUGCACUCUGCAUUCACAUAAACCUCCUCUUGCUGCAGUUCUGGCAGAGUUUAUCAAGCCAGAUGUGGAAUGCUUGGAGCUGUUUGCUCGCAACCUGCAGCCUGGCUGGACCAGCUGGGGAAACGAGGUCCUGAAGUUUCAGCACAUUGAUUAUUUCACUCUUUUGCAGAAGGAAAACUGAGCUGGGCCUUACACAUCUAUAUCUUCUGAAAUUCUGUGCCUUCCCAGGGUGAAUUUUAUUCUGAUGGUUAUUACUGAUGGUUCACUUAAAGGUGACAGAAAUAAAUUGCAUUUCAAUUACUCGAAAUAAGUGUCAGUACCUAAUUCUUGAAGUGACAGGAUAUCUGUUUAAUGAUAUCUCCAUUUGUACAUGGUGGUCUUUAUUUCGAUGACCUGAAAAUAUUUAAAUACUGAUGUUGGAAUGCAAGUUCAUUCCCCCUUUUUUUUUUUUCAAACCUCAAGGAAAAGAUAUCUUAAAGUAUUCUCACUGCAGCUAUUAAAUCUGAGCUAAUAACACGUCACAAGUGCUAUAUUGUAGCACUUGUAUUAUUUUUAAAGAAUGACAAUGACUCUUUAAGGAGUGUCAGUGGGAGUAAAGAGUUCUGAAUUAUGCAUGUUUUCUUAAAGAAGACUGGUUUUUUGCAAAACAAUGGAUUUUGAACUAAAAUAGUUAUGAAGGCAGUGUAUCCUCCCACAUGUUUGUAUCUGUCUGUCUAUCUCAGAAGAAAUAAAAGGAGCAGUGCUUGUGUUAAUUGGCACAUGAAUUUUUGGCUGACCACAUUCUAUGUAAAAUUAUACUUUUACAACUGCUGGCAAUUAUAUCUUUCUGUAUAUAGUGUUAAUUUUUGAACACAUUGUAAAUGAUUGGUCUCAAUGUCUUAUGAAUUCUGACCUUUUAACGGAUUAUAUGUAUUUUUAAAAUUAUCCUUCCUUAUGUUCUUGGAACAUUAAAAAGCCACACCAGUGAGCUGUAUUUUUCAGCUAACAUAAAGAUUACCCUUCUUUUUUUUUUUUUUUUUUUUUUGUUAAAAGAAUGGUACACUUUGUGUGUCCUUUGCUGUGCUUAGAUUUGUUUAGAAAAAUAAAAAAGAAAAUGUAAUGAA